UUAUAGAUACGUAUGUCUACAUGAGGGCGCCAUUAUACUACUAUCUCUACUUAAAUGCAUACAAUGAUGACACUUUUGGAUACUACUAUAUCCAAAUGCUACCAAACCUUUUGGAUAGAUGUAUGUGGUCCCCAAGAGAGUCACUUUCUGCUGCCAUUUCAAGUGCAAUAUACUCAUGUGAUGGUCUACUGGUAUUUUCCGGAUUCCGUGAUGGUGCUAUUGGAAUUUUUGAUGCGGACAGUUUGAGGCUUCGAUGUCGGGUUGCUGCCUCUGCUUACAUAUCUUCCUCUGUUGCCAGGUAUGCUAAAGUGCCAUGGGUUUUUGGCACUUCAAUGGUUAGAGCAUGUCAUUUGUUUCAAGGACUUGUUGAGACCAACUGUGGCACUGCCUUUCCUGUGGUGAUUGCCGCCCACCCAUCUGAUCCCAACCAAUUUGCUCUCGGGAUGAGUGAUGGUGCAGUUCAUGUGAUCGAGCCAUCUGACGCGGAGCCAAAGUGGGGUGGUUCAGCUCCUCAAGAAAAUGGAACUCUACCUUCGGUUCCCUCGAAUUCUGCGCUGAAUAGCCAGCCAUCCGAAACCCCUUCUAGGUGA